AUGCCGACUGACGACUCACACAGUGAUUAUUCGUAUCAGGAUGAGUUCACGUCUUAUCAGCCUACCCACCCAACCGGUCGAUCGGAUGCAACGCCUUCCCGGUGGCCUGUUCACCCUCAAUGGGACCCAGAGCACGACGGACCCUUCCCGGCACCUCCACACCAGCGUGGAGGUGAGAAACGAAAGGCUCGGUGGCGCCCCAAGUGUUCAGUUAAAGUCCGAGAGCGUCUUCACCGAGUUAUGACACAAAAGCUCUGGCUGGCUGGCCGGGAUCGAGUGGGUCCUUUGUGCGAGAAAUUUGGAGUACUCGGUAAUACAGGAAACCUUUAUAAUCUCGUUGUUGAUCAAUCGCCCCGUUGCGACUGUCCGGAUUGGCUGAAUGGAUAUGUCUGCAAGCAUCUCCUAUUCGUCUUCAUCAAAGUACUUGGAGUGUCACCCAAAUUGCCAUGGUACUUCCAGAAGGCGCUAUUGAGUACGGAGGUUGAAAACAUCUUCUCUACAGCUCCAGAAGCUCCUGUUGUCCCAACCUCUGCACUUGUGAGGUCAAUUUAUGCUGAUGUAAAAUCACAGUCCAAAGCCUCUGGAGAUCUCGCAUCACGUAGAAAGCCUAUUGGAGAAGAAGAUGAUUGUCCAAUUUGUUACGACAAACUACUCUCUGAACCAGCUCAAGACUUGAUGUUUUGUGACAAGGUUUGUGGGAAUAGUUGGCACGCAGAAUGUCAUCACAAGUACGCUAAGCAUCUCAACCUUCAAGGGAAGAAUAUGAUUUGUGUAUACUGUCGAUCAGAUUUGAAGAUGCCAGUGUCUCGGGUGGCUGGGACCAGGAUCACUGGAGACGGCCGUAUCAACUUGGCAGCUGCUGUAGGAAUCCCCUACAUGUAUUCAGGCCCCUAUGUCCCUCCUCACAACAAUUUCUUACUACACAGCGUAUCCUUGAGUGGACUGUCCUAG